CUUGAGCAACCGACUCGCUUUAGCAGUUUUGCCUACAGUGAAGACAGCACUGUUACCGGGUGGAAAAGAAGUGAAACCCUUCUUCGCGUCACAUUGGGAGGAGAGUGGUGAUUCACCGGGUGCUGCUGCUCGCGAGUUUAUAAAUGCAAUUACCCAACAGGGAGCAGCCAGUCACAGUCAGUCGAUGCAGUUCUGUCGCUAACCCACACAAAGACAGACAAGACAAGCCAGCCAACGAACGCACGUUUUGUUCUCAGACCUUUGUUCAUAUAGGCUACUAUAGGGAGGAAACAUAUGUUCCCGAUGGGUAAGUCAGAAUAUGAACUAUUUUUCUCAUCGGUCACUUUUGUUUCCCGAUAGCCUAUGUUUCUGCUCCAAGUGAAGUUUGUUAUUUUGUAUCAGUGGUGGCAUCCCACGCGUCUAGGCAGACAAUAGCUGACAACGUAGGCUACUCGUGCUAUGGGCUUGGAAUGGUUAGAUUCUGGGCUUUUGGUGUGUUCCUUGUCCACUUAAACGGCGAACUGUGGCGUGAAGGAGAAAGUAGGAAUUAAGACCUCAUUGCUCUGUUCUCUAAAGUUCAGCAAGUGUUUGCUUUGUGCGCCGAACACAGUGACAGCUCCCCAGAUCAUCCCGUACCCUGCUUUUAACGGUUAAAUUGUAGCACCUGCUGCAGGCGUUUCUUUGUACUUUCCUCUAAAUGCCGAUAUAUUUCAUGUUGAGGCUCGUCGUGCCCCAAUAUCCUACCAGUAACAGGAACUGAACUGUGUAACGGCUGCGUGAAACAAUGGAGUGCUCUGUGAACGCGUAGGCUAUGUCAAGCGUGUUAUGAACUCAGAUGAAACUUUGUUACAUCUAUUGUGUGUAUAAAGGCUGAUUGAAACAACGGCGCGUGUCUAUUCGCCCUGUUGUGAGACCAUGGACCGAUUUCCCUGGACAAGUUCAGAUUACAUCAUGUGUCAACCGUUGAAGUGCGACUCAAACUUCCCUGAUAGUUUUCUAGCAGGUUCGAGAACUAUGUGACUGUGCUUCACUGAUAAGGCUGGGAAGACAAAGAAGUUCAAACCGAGAGAGAGCUUCGCAUAACGAGAACACUGCAAGUGAGAUCAGGGAGCCGUUAGAGGAAUGUAUUUGUGUUAGAAUUGUGACCAUAGCUCGUACACUAAUCUAAAGUUACCGGUUGCGUUAUGGUUGGAGUUUAACAUUGUACUCUAACACGUGUUUGUUUUGCUUCCAGGAUGUUGUUCUAGGCGCCUGGUGACGAGACGAUCGACCUAGUUGUUGACAGGAAGCUUUUUUCGUCCCUCUGAACAUUUUCCAACAAAGGACCUUGGGCUAGGCCUAUUUCUUAAUCAUAGCCUAUCUGAAUUGACUGAAAACAACAGAAAACAAAACUGUGGACUCCAGCAAAACUGCACAUUUUAGCUAGUUAAUUGGUUAAUUAGAUUAUUAGUAAGAUUAGUAAGAUUUAAUUUACACAACUUUGGCCUAAGUGUUCAAUAACAAGACAAAAGAAGAUAAAUCUGCUGUGGUGUAUGUUGGGGGUUCCUCCCCAGCCAACCACAACAACAACAACAGCAGCAACAACAUGUACUUAAAGAAGUACUUGACAGAGGGCCUGAUUCAGGUAGCCAUCCUGCUCAGCCUGUGCGGUGUGCGGGUCGAUGUGGACCCCUACCUACCCCCGCUACGCGAGAUCAUCCUGGGCCCGACCUCGGCCCUGACCCAGACCCAGUUCCACAACCUCCGCAACUCCCUCCAGGGUGAGGACCUGCACCCCAAGAGCGUGGACCUGGAUGGCUUCUUCACCACGCGCCGGCUCCUCAGCUGGGUCCGCUCUCUGGACCGCCUUCAGCUGCCCAGCACGGAGGUGGAGGCCUGGCUGGUGCACCGGGAGCCGGAGCCGUCCUCCCUGGGUCCCAUGGGGCCGAUGCCCAUGCCUGUGUCCGUGUCCAACCAGGAGCUGGAGGGGGACGGUGGGAGGAACCACGGCCCUGGAGGAGACCUCUCCGGCCUGGGCCUCAGAAUAGGAGGGAGUGGAGGGGUGGGAGGUGGAGGAGUGGAAGGACUGGACAUUGGUAAUAAUGAUGGAGUGGUUGGAGAACCCGGCUAUGGACAAGCUGCCAUCAUCAGCAGCAACAACACUAACAACAACCUCAACAACAGCAGUGUCCAGGGGGCAACGGGAGCGCUGUACCGCAGAGGUGGUGAACAACAGGAAGACAAUGGUGACAUCAUGAAAGAGGAUGACGAGGAGCUAAGCUUCUUAUGGCGGCAGGAAGCUGGUCCUGAUGAGUAUUCCGAAGGCCCUGUUUACAGUAACCAUCGGCAACACCUGGAGCCCCUGCUGCGUUCCUAUGGUGAUGAUGAGGAUGGAGGAGAUGGGCUGCGCGCUGACCUGUGGUCAGCAGGAGGGCAGUAUCAAGGUCGUCUGGACCCACCACUUGGUGCCAACGGACAAGAGCACCCUGAUCCUGAGCUGAUGGGACUGGAUGAAGAUGUCUCCUAUUCUGCCCAGAGGCCCCUGCUGUCCCCUCUCCUGCCACCAGGGGACUCGUCCAUGGACCUGGAGCAGCAGUGGCAGGAUCUCUUUGCCAUCAUGGAGCCGCAGGACAUGGAUUUGGAUAUGGAUAUGGAUGAAGCGGGCCAGAAUCUACCUCUGGCCAGUGUUGAUAACGCUGCCUCUAAUGGCAAUGACCUGUUCCAUGGAGACCCCACCCCUGCUGAGCAUCCCAACAAUGCCAGAGACUCCCUCAACAAUCCCUUUAGCCCCUUCAGCUCUCCCAAUGACGAGCUACAUGACCCCACCAACGACGUGUCCGACUUGGUCGAUUCUGCACUGCUCGCCAACAUUCUCGAAGAACCGGACAGUUCAUCGGCGACUACUCCGUUCGGGCCGCUGCUGGAGGAGGCCAUGUUUGACGAGAUCAAUCUUAUGGAUCUGGCCCUGGAGGAAGGCUUCAGCCCUGCACAGAUGUGCCGAUUGGAGGAGCAGCUCGACGACUCGGACUCGGGUCUUUCGUUAGACUUCAGCCACAGUCCUGCCUCUCCUGCCAGCUCUGAGGCUUCUUGCUCUUCGUCAGGCUCCUCCUCCUCCUCUGCCUCUUCACUCUCCUCCACAGGGUCGCUUUUUGAAGAAGAAGAAGAAGAAGAAGAAGAAGAAGAGGAGGAUGAUGAAGGGGCUGUUGGUUACGAUCACAGGUAUGACAGCAUCAAGGAGGAGGAAGAGGAAGAGGAAAUUGAUGCUUUUGGUGGAGGCCAUGUUGCAGAGACCAACAAGAUGUGUCGAUCGAGCUACAUGGAGCCCAGUCGGUUCCAGCGCCUCCCCUGGCUGGACGACGUCAGCCACGAUCACAACUACAAUCAGCCCAUUCCCACCACCAGGCGACCUUCCUCCGAGAAAUCCCAGAAGGGCUGUCUGGACUCCUCGCCGUCAGCGACUGAGGUCACGGCCGUCCAGGACAAGUACGCGACGCGUGACGAGCGGCGAGCGCGGGCCAUGCGCAUCCCGUUCUCCAACGAGAUCAUCGUCAACCUCCCCGUGGAGGAGUUCAACACGCUCCUCACCCGGCACAAGCUGAGCGAGGCCCAGCUGACCCUGAUCCGGGACAUCCGGCGGCGGGGCAAAAACAAGAUGGCCGCCCAGAACUGCCGACGGAGGAAGCUGGACGUCGUCGUGGGACUGGAGCACAACGUCGAGGGCCUCCGGCACCGCCGGGCGCGACUGCUCCGGGAGAAAGCGGAGCUGUGCCACUCGCUGCGGGAGAUGAAGCAGCGCAUCAGUGCCCUGUACCAGGAGGUUCUGCCCAGGCUCAGGGACUGCGAGGACUUGCCUUACUCCGAUCAGGAGUAUUCGCUUCAGUUUACCGGAGACAGCCGUGCCGUGCUGUCCUCCCACCACCACACAAACAGAAAUACAAACAGAAACUCUAGGGGCAGCAAGCCCAGCAAGAAACAGAAGGACAAGAGGAAGUGAGCAGUUGGAGGUGAACUUCAACGAGUGAGAUGUUUCUCGGAUGCUCAGACUCAGGUUGUGGGUGAUUCCUAAUUUCCUCAAGGAGGAAGGUUGGUCCUUGCCGAUGUGAACUGUUGUUACGUAAAAAGAUGAAAAAGUAAGAACAAAGAAGAUUCCCUAAUGUACAUAAUAGACUGCUGCAAGUACUUUGACAGAUUGGGAACAACAGGGGAUCACUAUAGUAACAGCAAAAAUCAUCAUCAUUACAAAAACUGUUGCCAAGACAACCAAUGAGGACAUCCAGUAAGGGUGUGAUCAGAACACUGGAGGAGUGAGGAGAGCAUUGUGGGUCAUGUUGACCUGCCUUCAAUACAACACAACACAGACCUCAAAAUGAAAGGGCCAUACUAUUGACAGUCUAGGCUGUCGAUCCAAUGAUCGCUAAGGCUCUCUGCUGCAACACAGAAGAAUAUAAAAAAACUUUUCAGUCAGAUCACUGAACUUACAGAGAUGGUGUACAUUGCCAAAAUCAUUUUGAAACUGUAUAGAGGAUGCUUUAAAUGUAGUGUGUCUGCGUGUGUGGGGGGGGAAAUGUUUUUUUUUUUGUGAAUAAGUUUGGAGGUUGUGUGUUAAACCUCUGCGAGGGGCAUUUGAGAUUGCUGCAUCAAUUCUUUGUUUGUGCAAAAUGUGCCUUACACGCAAAAAAAACGUUUCUAUUGAGUGUUAACUUUGAACAUUAGCUGACGUUUUGGUUAUUCUGUCUUGUGUUUCGCUUUGCUGGGCAGUUUCCCUCGUGAAACUAUGGUCAUUUCGGCACUUUGGUGUUGGGAAAAUCAUUAGUGAUUGGAACGCCAAACUGAAAGAUGAGUGUGAGCACUUCCUACUGUUUGGAUGAGAAAAAUAGACCAGAGGAUUAUUUAUUAAAAAAGAAAAAAACUAAGAGGACUAUUUAUGCUUAUCUGUACCAUCACAGGAUUUUGUUCUUGCCUUGCUAUCUAUGUUGACCUUUCCUCCCUUUUAAAGCUCUGCAGUGUUUACAGACAGUUUUCCUACUAAAAGUAUGUUGGUGGCCAAAUGUACUAGCACGCAGGACCGAGAGAGUCCCAGUUUAUGUUCUGAUAAAAGGGUGGACGUUCAGAGCUCCAUAGGCAAACAUGGUUGUUGAAACUGACCCAUACACAUAUUAUAGUAAGUAUUCUGUCAUUUUUAGACAUAUUUAAAUAACAAUAUAGAACUUUGGAGUUGUCAUACGCACUAUACGUACUUAACAUUAAGUACAUAACCACUUGGAUGCCACAAGCCCCACUUGUCUUUCUCUGUCCUGGUACUGUUGAGUUCUGUGCCCAUGGCGGCUCUCAGGAAAACAUAAAACAAAACAAAAAACAAAAAAAAACUAACCAGCCAUGACACAUGUAGCAUAGGCGUGAAUUGAAUACACUUUGUAAAAGGUUUUGGUAUUUCUGUUCUGGGUUAAUAAAUUCUGUUUUUGUGGUAA